AGAACAAUAUUUCGCUCUCACUCCAGCCCGAUCACAAUGCCGCAUCUUUUCAGUUUAAAUCUGAAACCCUAACUCUCCAGUAGAUCAUAGAUCCCAUAAUUCAUUCACACUAAUACAUUGGGGUUUAUGAAACAGAUCGAUUGAAAAUUUCCAGCAUUCUGUUCGUUUUCCCUGCAAGUGUUAUCGGAAGAAUUCGCAUAUUUCAGAGUGUAGAUAUUGUUACUGUACUGAAUCGCUGUUAUGGCUGGGUAUUAUAAUAACCCGUUUGAUGAAGAAGAAGCAGAACAAGCCAAUCCGUUUGCGGACCAAAGAACUCGAGGCACAGCUCAAUCAAAUUAUGGUAGCGGUCCAUUUUAUAUGACAAAUCAUGGGACUGUUCCACCUGCAUCAAACUCAACUAUCUCUCCUCUUCCACAUGAACGGGCUGGCUAUGAGUUUCGGAAUACGGCGGAUAUUCCUAUUGAUAGUGCCAAGAUGCAGGAUUUAAAGAAGAAAGAGAAGGAAAUUCAAGCUAAGGAAGCUGAACUGAAGAGGAGGGAACAGGAUCUGAAAAGAAAGGAAGAUGCCAUAAAACGAGCUGGGAUCAUUAUAGAGGAAAAAAAUUGGCCACCAUUCUUUCCUAUAAUUCACCAUGAUAUUGCAAAUGAAAUUCCAAUCCAUCUACAAAGGUUGCAGUAUGUGGCAUUCAUGACAAUGUUGGGUCUUGUAGUUUGUCUUGGCUGGAAUGCAGUAGCUGUUACCUUGGCUUGGACCAAAGGAGAAGGUCCAACAAUCUGGUUUCUUGCUAUCAUCUAUUUCAUAUCAGGUGUCCCUGGCGCAUAUGUAUUAUGGUACCGUCCCCUCUAUCGGGCAAUGAGGACUGAUAGUGCAUUGAAAUUCAGUUGGUUUUUCUUGUGCUACAUGUUUCACAUUGGAUUCUGCAUCAUUGCUGCUGUUGCACCCCCCAUCCUUUUUAAGGGGAAAUCUUUGACUGGUGUCUUGCCUGCAAUUGAACUUUUAAGCGAGAAUGCUCUGGUUGGGAUUUUUUACUUCAUCGGAUUCGGAUUCUUCUGCACGGAGUCACUGGUGAGCGUAUGGGUCAUUCAGCAAGUGUACAUGUAUUUCCGGGGAAGUGGCAAAGCUGCAGAGAUGAGGAGAGAAGCCGCCAGACAAACAAUGAUGGCGACACUAACAUGACACAACUCCAUGUUCCUCGUAUAUAGCAAACUCCAUUGUUCAUCUCGGGUAUGUAGGAUAGACUUAAACAUCUGCAUCUGAUUAAUUGGCCUUUUCAAGUUCCUUUUCAUUUCGAGUAGUAAAAGUGUGUUUACUAUGCAAAGCUCUUAACGAGUUGCUUCACUUAGAAAAUGUGAUAAAGUUUACGUAAAUGUAAUGGACCUCGAUUGGGUGCAUGGGACUAGGGAG